GGUGUAGAGACACAUAUCUUUCCUACCAAGAUGCUCACAGGGACGUGCGCUACUGAUGUCCUCAUAACACCCGACUCCAAGACAGGGGAUCAUCAGAUAUGCCUAAACUCAAGGUCGAGUGACCCACCUCGCUGUUUCAAAGUUGAUCCUGACGCAUCCAAACCUUGUGCAGUAACGUCGUGUGGUCAUGGGGUGUGUAUUGUCGAGACAGAUCACACCAGCACGUGUUUGUGUGACGAUGUCCAUUCGGGAGACAGUUGUAACAAAGAGACGCCCUGCAAGUCAUCCCCAUGUCAGAACCAUGGAGCGUGUGAGAACGACGGGAAGAAUCCGAUAUGCCACUGUCCCAUAGGUUACACUGGCGUCAACUGUGAGACAGGCAUACACGUCCCUCUUCAUCAGAAGCCUACAUUUACCGGUCCAAGCAUGGAAAAUGGCGGAGUUUUCAACUGUGUAAAGGAUCAGACCUGCACAAUUCCACUCUCCAUUUCAAAAGGACAAGGACCAGCUCCAGUGAUUAAGGUUGGCCCUCACAGUAAUGGACUAACCGUCAAGUCGCCAGAUCCCCCAACAAAGGAUACGGACACGCCAGGACGUCAAGACCUAUACACGAGUCAGAUGCACAUUACACCAACCGAGGCUGGCGAGAAAAAAGUGUGUGUCAAAACUGGAAGCGAUACUACGGAUGUCGAUAGCGCAAAUGCCGAUACAGUCUGCUACCAUCUUCACGUUACUGACACUGGAACAGCAACACCAGUGUCAAAGGAUAGUUUCCAUGACCCGACCCCUGUUUCCGGGAGCACCAUCCGAUGUUCACAAGGGAAGGACUGUCACAUGAUAGUACAUACACUUCCUGAUAAUGGCGGUCAAUGCCCGCAAGUCACUACAGAUACAAGCACUGCAAAUAUCUUCCCUACAAGAAAGGAUACAACUUGGACCGACUGUAUCACAGAUGUAUCAGUACCUGCUGCGAUUGCUCAGCAUCCAUCGACAGUCUGUCUCAAAGCUAGGCAAGGAGAACAACCAAGAUGCUAUUCCACCAAACCAACACCACCAACAGAUGUCUGUUUGGCCAAAGGCUGCAAUAAACUUCAUGGUGCAUGUAUCCUGGAGAAAGACGACACAGCAAGCUGUCUGUGUGACAGUCCCUUCAAGGAACCUACGUGUGAUCCCUGUCAAAACCAUGGUAUUAGUGAGGGAGGGACGUGUCAUUGUCCGACGGGAUUUACGGGGCUGCACUGCGAAACAGCCGUAUCCAACCCAUCAAAGCCACAGUUUACCGGGCCGAACCCAAUGAAUGGAGCUACCGUGGAAUGUGAACUGGGGCAGACUUGUCAUAUACCUGUAUACGUUAGGCCAGAAACCCCAGGAUCCACCCCAUCACUGAGUCCAGGUCCUACCACUCUAUCUUCAACAUCGACAAUAUCCAAGCCACUAGGGCCCGACCCAGGCUUACCAAAUACUGGCAUACAGAAAGGGGAGGUGCAAAUCACCCCGAUUAAUCCAGGCAUCCACGACGUCUGUGUAAAGACCAGUGCUGGGGGGAAAUCAGAUACGAUAUGUGUAAAAGUACAUGUGAAACCGACCACAGGCACACCAACUGUUCCAAACAAGGAUCCGUUCAUGUCGCCCACGAUGCCUGAGAACAGCGUCCUCCAGUGUGAUCAACUCAAAGACUGCCACGUUCUGGUGUACACAAAACCUAAGGGCGGUACUUGUCCCACAGUGACCAAAGCAGCAACCACUAAACCAGACACUCACGUGUUCCCGACAACCAAGGAUGUGCCGUCAGCUCCAACCACAUGUGUAACCGACAUCUCCAUCACCCCUGAUCCGUCCCACCCAGGUCCUGUGUGUAUAACCGCAGCAGACAGCUCUACUAGUAAAACACGUUGUUUUCAAAUACACGUGAAUACGGGACCAGAUCCAUGUUCUUCACCUGGUCGAAACUGUAACAACGGCGCCUGUACGCGAACUGACACUGUCAGUCGUUGUGUUUGUGAUGUUGGCUACACACCUCUUGAUGACUGUCAUGACAAAAUCAGUACGUGCAGCAACGGAGGUCAAGCAGAUUCAGGGGGCAUCUGUCAUUGUCCGUUGGGAUAUUCGGGCGUCACGUGCGGAUCAAAAUCCACAGGCAACACAAACACAGAGCCAACAUUUGCCGAAAACAACAUUAAGAAUGGUGGAACGAUAGAGUGUGAAACAGGAAAAGACUGCACCUUUCCUGUACACACACAGGCUCCUUCUAGCAACCCAAAUGUAGCUCCCACUGUAGACGUUGGUCCUACCUCUGGCAAUGUUAACGUGCAAGUUGACCCCUCUCACCUGCUCUCCAACACCGAUGUGCCUGGUCUUUAUGAAGCAUUGGCUACCAUUAAAGCCCCGACACAAGGGACAAAGAAAGUGUGCCUUAAACUAACCUCGUCAGUGGACGGUAGUGUAUGUUACAAUGUUGAAGUUAAAAACAAACCCUCCACGGCUCCACCCACUGGGGUGACGUUCACGAAAUCUACACCUCCAGAUGGAAGUAAACUUGUAUGCGACAGGACUGAAUGUCAUAUACUUAUUCAUACAAAACCAAUGACAACUACAAUGUGCGAUCAUGUCACUACAACUACCAGCAGUACAGUGGUUUUCCAGACAAAAAAAGAUGGUUCCGAUUGUGUGACUGAUUUGGCGUAUACUCCCGGUCCGUCUGGAAGCAAACAGAUAUGUGUCGAUGCCGGGACACCUGGGGAGCAUAGAUGCUUCGAGGUAACUAAGGCUCCACUGACAGAUCCGUGUGCGAGUGAAACCUGCAAUAACCAUGGCUCAUGUUUGAAACAACCCACGACAGCAGAGUGUGUAUGUGAGACUGGUUUUACGGGCCCAAAGUGUCAAAACCCAACGACUAGUCCUUGCAGUUAUGGAGGGAAACUUGAAACAACAACAAGCACCUGCAAUUGUCCCCUCGGAUACUCUGGCAUAACCUGUGAUAUAGGCCCAACACAUAACACGGGAACCACUCCAAAAUAUGCAGGCAACAAUGUGGAAAAUGGAGGCACAAUAAAGUGUGUAAAAGGCACACCGUGUGUCUUUCCAGUGCAUACACGAGCCCCUGAUGGAAGUCAUGUGGCACCAACACUUACAGCAGGACCAACCUCUGGUAAUGUGGCUGUGACGGUGGAUCCGAAUCCCAAAUUGGAAACUACAACGGGUGUGCCUGGUCUGUACUCGACGCCAGUUACUCUGACUGCUCCAGACAAAGGACCAAAGAGAGUUUGCUUUAAGUUAACAUCUGCAACAGCUGACUCAGUGUGUUACAACGUAGAUGUCACUGACGGCGGAGUUACAGCUCCAAUUCCUACAGGAUCGGUUUUCACUGUCCCUACACUACCUGAUGGGAGCUCAAUAACAUGUGAAAGUGAAUGUCACGUCCUGGUUCACAGUACAUUGGAUCCAUCUUCCAGAGACUGUAAACAAGUCACACCUACAUCGACUACGGGAACGGCGUUUAAAACAACUCAAGACGGUAGCGACUGUGUCACCGAUGUCCUUUACAAACCAGAGAGUACAAACAAGAAAUUGUGCAUUGAUGCAGGGCCUUCAGGUGAACACAGAUGCUAUGAUGUGAAAAAGUCUCCAUCUACAGAUCCGUGUGCGACUGAAACCUGCAAUAACCAUGGCUCAUGUUUGAAACAACCCACGACAGCAGAGUGCGUAUGUGAGACUGGUUUCACGGGCUCAAAGUGUCAAAACCUAGCAACGACUAUUCCUUGCACUAAUGGUGGGAAACUUGAAACAACAACAAGCACCUGCAAUUGUCCCCUAGGAUACUCUGGCACUACCUGUGAUAUAGGCCCAACACAUAACACGGGAACCACUCCAAAAUAUGCAGGCAACAAUGUGGAAAAUGGAGGCACAAUAAAGUGUGUGAAGGGCACACCUUGUGUCUUUCCAGUGCAUACACAAGUCCCUGAUGGAAGUCAUGUGGCACCAACACUUAAGGCAGGGCCAACCUCUGGUAAUGUGGCUGUGACGGUGGAUCCGAAUCCCAAAUUGGAAACUACACCGGGUGUGCCUGGUCUGUACUCGACGCCAGUUACUCUGACUGCUCCAGACAAAGGACCAAAGAGAGUUUGCUUUAAGCUAACAUCUGCAACAGCUGACUCAGUGUGUUACAACGUAGAUGUCACUGACGGCGGAGUUACAGCUCCAGUUCCUACAGGAUCGGUUUUCACUGUCCCUACACUACCUGAUGGGAGCUCAUUAACAUGUGAAAGUGAAUGUCACGUCCUGGUUCACAGUACAUUGGAUCCAUCUUCCAGAGACUGUAAACAAGUCACACCAACAUCGACUACGGGGACGGCGUUUAAAACAACUCAAGACGGUAGCGACUGUGUCACCGAUGUCCUUUACAAACCAGAUAGUACAAACAAGAAAUUGUGCAUUGAUGCAGGGCCUUCAGGUGAACACAGAUGCUAUGAUGUGAAAAAGUCUCCAUCUACAGAUCCUUGUGCGACUGAAACCUGCAAUAACCAUGGCUCAUGUUUGAAAGAACCCACGACAGCAGAGUGCGUAUGUGAGACUGGUUUCACGGGCCCAAAGUGUCAAACCCCAACGACUAGUCCUUGCACUAAUGGAGGGAAACUUGAAACAACAACAAGCACCUGCAAUUGUCCCCUAGGAUACUCUGGCACUACCUGUGAUAUAGGCCCAACACAUAACACGGGAACCACUCCAAAAUAUGCAGGCAACAAUGUGGAAAAUGGAGGCACAAUAAAGUGUGUGAAGGGCACACCUUGUGUCUUUCCAGUGCAUACACAAGUCCCUGAUGGAAGUCAUGUGGCACCAACACUUAAGGCAGGGCCAACCUCUGGUAAUGUGGCUGUGACGGUGGAUCCGAAUCCCAAAUUGGAAACUACAACGGGUGUGCCUGGUCUGUACUCGACGCCAGUUACUCUGACUGCUCCAGACAAAGGACCAAAGAGAGUUUGCUUUAAGCUAACAUCUGCAACAGCUGACUCAGUGUGUUACAACGUAGAUGUCACUGACGGCGGAGUUACAGCUCCAACUCAUAUAGGAUCGGUUUUCACUGUCCCUACACUACCUGAUGGGAGCUCAAUAACAUGUGAAAGUGAAUGUCACGUCCUGGUUCACAGUACAUUGGAUCCAUCUUCUGGUGACUGUAAACAAGUCACACCUACAUCGACUACGGGGACGGCGUUUAAAACAACUCAAGACGGUAGCGACUGUGUCACCGAUGUCCUUUACAAACCAGAUAGUACAAACAAGAAAUUAUGCAUUGAUGCAGGGCCUUCAGGUGAACACAGAUGCUAUGAUGUGAAAAAGUCUCCAUCUACAGAUCCUUGUGCGACUGAAACCUGCAAUAACCAUGGCUCAUGUUUGAAACAACCCACGACAGCAGAGUGCGUAUGUGAGACUGGUUUCACGGGCCCAAAGUGUCAAAACCCAGCAACGACUAUUCCUUGCAGUAAUGGAGGGAAACUCGAAACAGCAACAAGCACCUGCAAUUGUCCCCUAGGAUACUCUGGCACUACCUGUGAUAUAGGCCCAACACAUAACACGGGAACCACUCCAAAAUAUGCAGGCAACAAUGUGGAAAAUGGAGGCACAAUAAAGUGUGUGAAGGGCACACCUUGUGUCUUUCCAGUGCAUACACAAGUCCCUGAUGGAAGUCUUCAGGUACCAACACUUAAGGCAGGACCAACCUCUGGUAAUGUGGCUGUGACGGUGGAUCCGAAUCCCAAAUUGGAAACUACAACGGGUGUGCCUGGUCUGUACUCGACGCCAGUUACUCUGACUGCUCCCGACAAAGGACCAAAGAGAGUUUGCUUCAAGCUAACAUCUGCAACAGCUGACUCAGUGUGUUACAACGUAGAUGUCACUGACGGCGGAGUUACAGCUCCAGUUCCUACAGGAUCGGUUUUCACUGUCCCUACACUACCGGAUGGGAGCUCAAUAACAUGUGAAAGUGAAUGUCACGUCCUGGUUCACAGUACAUUGGAUCCAUCUUCCAGAGACUGUAAACAAGUCACACCUACAUCGACUACGGGAACGGCGUUUAAAACAACUCAAGACGGUAGCGACUGUGUCACCGAUGUCCUUUACAAACCAGAUAGUACAAACAAGAAAUUGUGCAUUGAUGCAGGGCCUUCAGGUGAACACAGAUGCUAUGAUGUGAAAAAGUCUCCAUCUAGAGAUCCUUGUGCGACUGAAACCUGCAAUAACCAUGGCUCAUGUUUCAAAGAACCCACGACAGCAGAGUGCGUAUGUGAGACUGGUUUCACGGGCCCAAAGUGUCAAAACCCAGCAACGACUAUUCCUUGCAGUAAUGGAGGGAAACUCGAAACAGCAACAAGCACCUGCAAUUGUCCCCUAGGAUACUCUGGCACUACCUGUGAUAUAGGCCCAACACAUAACACGGGAACCACUCCAAAAUAUGCAGGCAACAAUGUGGAAAAUGGAGGCACAAUAAAGUGUGUGAAGGGCACACCUUGUGUCUUUCCAGUGCAUACACAAGUCCCUGAUGGAAGUCUUCAGGUACCAACACUUAAGGCAGGACCAACCUCUGGUAAUGUGGCUGUGACGGUGGAUCCGAAUCCCAAAUUGGAAACUACAACGGGUGUGCCUGGUCUGUACUCGACGCCAGUUACUCUGACUGCUCCCGACAAAGGACCAAAGAGAGUUUGCUUCAAGCUAACAUCUGCAACAGCUGACUCAGUGUGUUACAACGUAGAUGUCACUGACGGCGGAGUUACAGCUCCAGUUCCUACAGGAUCGGUUUUCACUGUCCCUACACUACCGGAUGGGAGCUCAAUAACAUGUGAAAGUGAAUGUCACGUCCUGGUUCACAGUACAUUGGAUCCAUCUUCCAGAGACUGUAAACAAGUCACACCUACAUCGACUACGGGAACGGCGUUUAAAACAACUCAAGACGGUAGCGACUGUGUCACCGAUGUCCUUUACAAACCAGAUAGUACAAACAAGAAAUUGUGCAUUGAUGCAGGGCCUUCAGGUGAACACAGAUGCUAUGAGGUGAAAAAUUCUCCAUCUACAGAUCCAUGCGUGACAGAACAGUGCAGCAACCACGGAUCCUGUUUGAAUCAGAACACUGUGCCAGAAUGUGUUUGUGAUACUGGAUACACAGAUGACAAGUGUCAAACAUCUGUUCUCCAAACGCUUGGUAUUGACGACAAAAAGCCUCAUAUACUGGAGCCAACAGUUACGAACGGAUUUGUUAUUAAUUGUGAGAUUGGCAAACCGUGCACAAUACCUGUUGUUGCCAGCGCUGGGAAUACUGGGAGCUCCUUGAAAGCACCUGUCGUGGAUGGACUCAGUAGUGGCACAAUUCCAGUUCCAGACGGAAAGGGUGCAUUUAAAGUAGAUAUUCCUCUUCCAACAUCAACACUACCAGGUGAAACACACCACUGCGUGGAGCUAGAGUCCAGCUCAGGGGUAAAGAGCGAACCGUGGUGUGUUGUUAUAAAGCAUACACCUCCAGGAUCUUCAAGUUCCACAACAGAUGGUUUCUCCAGCCCUACAAUACCAGAUGGUUCAGUGAUCCCGUGCACUGUAGGAACUACUUGCACCCUCCCUGUCACUGCUCGGCCGGGACACAACCUGAAAACACCUAUUGCCACCACAAUACCCUAUAUCGUUGAACCUGGCUUAACUCCUGCAACGGAAACAAAAAUUAAAAUAUCACCAACUGACAAAAACAUCGGCGAUAACAACGUGUGUGUGGAAACCCAAGACGGGUCAUCAAAACGAUGCUACAUAGUCAAGGUUCAGAGUCCAGGUGGCGUAACAGCGACACCUGGGGCUGGAGUGGGCGCAUCUACAUCUGAGCCCGGCACUCUAUCAGGCACUUUAUCUGGACUAGGUGUUGACGCAAGCAAGCCUCAUGUUCUCCGACCGACUUUGACCAGUGGAACAAUAAUACCGUGUCCGACCAGCUGUGACGUUUCCAUUCUCGUGGAACCGGGGACGAACCCACAAGGCGGCGUGGAGGUGGUUCAAACGAGAGGUCCACCAAUAGCAACACCAACAAUAACGCAGACACCAGACGGGAAAUUCAGCAUCAAAGUCCCUAUAAUACCGGAUAGUACUAAACACGUUCUCCAGCCCGUGUGUUUCAAAGUCAGGAAUAAACUGACAUCACUAGAAGGGAACGAAUGGUGUGCAAAUGUUAAUCCGACACCCCACGCUUCAACACCAAAGCCGUCACUUGGUGUGACACCAAAGGAAAUCGUCUCGACUUCACUCCCUGACAACUCCGUCAUCACAUGCACGGUUGACACCACCUGCUCCGUCGACAUGAAAACCACUCCUGGUACUAGAUUUCAGCCAACGACCGGGGCGAUCCCGGCCAGUGUCACAACUGACCCAACGGACCCCGAUCUACACACGUUGUCCGUUACCCCCUCCCAAACAGACAUUGGAGAACAUACAGUGUGUGCAACUACAACCAACAACGACAGAAAAUGUUACACGAUAAAAGUCACUCCCAAUCCAAAUACGUUCGGAAAAGACCCUACGAAGACACAUCAGCCGACCACCACAAAUCUGCCGUGCGGGCCUAAUGAUCAUCCUGAAAUCGUCGGAGCCGCAUCAUCCGUAGAGUGCCCCUCUUCCAAAUGUAGCAUUCACGUUCUGGUCAAACCGCCAUCAUGCGUUACAACAAACCCGAUCUCGGUUAACCCGGUUGGUACAAGUCAGUUUAGCAAUGGUCCGAUCCGCUCUGUGGGGUCAUAUAAAGAUGUUGAGAUUCAGAUUGGACCAUCAGCUCCCGGAUCCCAGAACGUUUGCAUGAAGGCCAGUGCAGGAGUAAGCUUAGUGUCACAAACUAUGUGCAUUAAGGUGGAGACGAAGCUUGACCCCAGUGGCAGCGUAUCUCCACCAGGAGCAAAACCUAAACCAGCCAUACCAACACAUGUCACUUGCACAUUGGGAACGCAGUGUCCGAUUCCAAUUGUUACAGAGCCAGACAGGGUACUACAACAAAGUCCCAGUCUACCUGCCAUGCCGCCUAUACUUAGUGGAAGCCAGUCCAUCCAGCCGGUUCUGUACCACGCCACAGUCCCCGGCCACCAGCAUGUCUGUGUUCAGGCUGAAAGCAUCUCUGACAGUAAUGAUGUUCUAACCAUAUGCAUGGAUGUAGAUGUGGUUGCUCAAACCCCAGAACCGGCCAAGCAAUGUACUGGAGCCACUAAACAGCAAAUGAUCGAGGCAUACCAGUCCGGCAGAAUGACAUGCCAAUGUACGGACCCUGUGACGAUGAAGACCACUACGGUCGUGCGUCCCCGUGUAAGCAACAGCAAGCUGCUCAGUUCGGCAGGUAUCGGGUUCGGCAGCGGUGUAGCAACGCUCGCUGUGGUCGCCCUGGUUUAUCUGACAGUCACCAAACUGAAGAGCAUGCCCUCUUCUGGUGGAACCUCCAGCCGCCACAUGCUCAACUUCGACUACGACAGGAAUUACUGACAUUCCUAGAUGAAGAUUCGAAUCUAUCUAUGUUUUACAGCAUCGUGUGUCUUUUCGUGUGUAUGCCGCCCUGUAUCGAUGUUUAUGAUUUCAUAAAUGUGUGAAAUAAAACCAAAUGCACUAAAUUUACCAGUUUCAAGCCUUGUGUUCUGCGAUAUAUAAUGUGAUAAAGAUUUCUUUAGGGCCUCCGAUCUAAAAUCACAAGUGUAUAAAAUUUCAUUGUUUUGCUUUGUGUUUAUUGCACGUUGUAUUUAUUUCCUCCUGUAUUGAACAUAUAUAUAGAUAUUACGCUUGGUCAACUAUUGUUCAAUAUGAGAACUGAGUCAAUUUUUACAGUUCUAAUAACUGAAUUCGUGUCAGAAACAUUUUCAAAUGUGAUUAUGGGGUUCUUGGUGACCGUCCAUGUUUUAUUAUCCUCGUAUAUCAUUGUGACAACAACACAUCUUAAAUACAAAUAAUGCAUAAUACAAAGAAUGAAUCUGUUUUUAUUGUAAACCUGCACUUUCCAGUUUCAAUCCUUGAUUUUCUGUCAGAAGCGUACAUAAAAUAUAAUAUACUUGAUAACUCAACGUGUUUAUUUUAAAGCAUGACUGUGAUAUGUUAUGAUGAUAUUAAACUAUUCAUUGAGUGAAUAAAGGUUCCACUGCACUGUUA